AUGUCGUCCUCGCAGCCAUUUCGGGAUUCUUCCCCUAUUCCUGGCACGAGCAGGCGCAAAUCUAACUUCACCUAUCGGCAUUUAUCUCAACUGGCCGCUUAUAACACAUCUUGUCCAUUACGGGUCAUCGCUCACAUUGAUCUGGAUGCCUUCUACGCGCAAUGUGAAAUGGUUCGUUUAGGUGUGCCAAAGGACCAGCCUCUAGCCGUCCAGCAAUGGCAAGGGCUUAUCGCCGUUAACUACCCGGCACGUGAACAUGGUAUCGGUCGCCAUUGUACACUGGCUGAAGCCAAGAAGAAGUGUCCCACUCUGAUUGCCCAGCAUGUGGCGACAUGGCGAGAGGGCGAAGAUAGAUGGGCUUACCGUGAUGAUGCCGCCGCUCAUAUCCAGAGUGACAAGGUAUCUCUCGAUUCAUAUCGGUUGGAGUCUAGAAAGAUUCUGGCUGUCAUUAAAGAGAGUUUACCUCAAGAACUUCAAAAGGUCGAGAAAGCGAGUAUCGAUGAGGUUUUUCUGGACCUGUCUGCUCAGGUGCACUCCGUUUUGCUGGAGAGAUUCCCAGAACUUGGUAACCCGCCCCCUUACGAUGAUCCGACAGAGAGUUUGCCGAGGCCUUCCGUGGUUGCGUUGGAUUGGAAAGCAGACGCCCUCAUCGACUUGAACGAGGAGGAAGAGUCUGUCGACCCGGAUUGGGACGAUGUGGCGAUCCUCAUUGGGUCUGAGAUCGUACGGGGCGUGCGAAGCCAGAUUCUAGAGAAGCUCCAAUACACAUGCUCUGGAGGCAUUGCCAAGAACAAGCUCCUCAGCAAGUUGGGUUCUGGCCACAAGAAGCCCAACCAGCAGACUGUGAUCCGGAACCGAGCUGUGGAUCAGUUCCUAUCCGACUUCAAGUUUACCAAGAUUCGCAACCUCGGAGGAAAGCUUGGCGAGAACGUGGUGACAACUUUCAACACUGACGCUGUCAGUGAACUCCUUACCAUUCCGUUAGACGAGAUGAAAACAAAAUUGGGACAUGAUACGGGAACCUGGGUUUACAAUACCAUUCGGGGCAUCGACACAAGCGAAGUUAAUUCUCGGACACAAAUCAAGUCGAUGCUUUCGGCGAAAUCUUUCCGGCCCUACAUCGACACCCCGGAACAGGCUUGCAGAUGGCUUAGAAUCUUUGUGGCAGACAUUUUCGCCCGUUUGGUUGAAGAGGGAGUUUUGGAAAACAAACGGCGACCGAGAACGAUAAACUUGCAUCACCGUCACGCUGGCCAAACAAAAUCACGCCAGGCCCCAAUCCCACAGGGCAGAGCUCUUGACGAGCAGACACUCUUCGAUCUGGCAAAGAACCUUCUGAAUCAAAUAAUAGCAGAAGGCAGUGUUUGGCCCUGCGCCAACUUAAGUUUGAGCGUUGGAGGAUUCGAAGACGGUGUCACGGGCAACAGGGGCAUCGGCGCCUUUCUGCUCAAAGGCGAUGAAGCCCAGGCUUUAAAGCAAGGUGGUCGCGAAGCAAGCCAUCCGUUGCCAGUAGAGGACAAGCCGGCCAAACGCCGCCGGAUGGAGGGGGGGUCAAUCCAUCGCUUCUUCACGCGGGAUGUUUCCAUUGACAACGAAGUGUCGCCCUUCAAUGCAACCGCCGACAAUGAUGCCAAAUUGCAGGAUGAGGUCACGACUGGGGAUCCCACAGCGGCUACUCUUACGAUUGAGGGCCUGUGGGACCAAGGCCAAAAUAGUAAUCACCAGCGGCGAACCACACCCUUCGUAUGCUCGCGUUGCAACACAGGCUUUGAAACGCCAGAAGAACACCAAAGCCACGAGGACUGGCAUUUUGCCAAAGACCUUCAGGAGGAGGAACGUGGCAAUACCGUAUUUGCCAACCGCACCUCCGCCGUGCGCUCCGGGGCAAAGACAUCAGGAGCAUCAGCCAAGCGAGGAGGGGGUCGUGGAGGCAAACUCGAACAAGGACAGAGCAGGUUGAAGUUUGGAUGA